AUGGACCAGUGCGACUUCAUCAUCUGCAACACCUUCCAGGAGGCAGAGCCGACAUCUUUCAAACUCUUUCCCAACGUCCUCCCCGUUGGCCCGCUGCUCACCGGCGAGCGCAGCGGCAAGGCCGUCGGCCACUUCUGGCAGCCGGAGGACGACGAGUGCAUUUCGUGGUUCUACACGCAGACAGAGAGAUCCGUGGUGUACGUUGCCUUCGGCAGCUUCACCAUGUUCGACCGACGCCAGUUCGAGGAGCUGGCGCUGGGGCUAGAGCUCUCCGGACGGCCGUUCCUGUGGGUCAUGCGCCCAGACAUCGGCCACGGCGCCGUGCACGACUACCCGGAGGGCUUCCUGGACCGGAUGUGCGGCGCCAGAGGCCGGGGCAAGCUCGUGGCCUGGUCGCCGCAGCAGCCCGUGUUGGCGCACCCGGCGGUGGCGUGCUUCGUGUCGUACUGCGGGUGGAACUCCACCAUGGAGGGUGUCCGAAACGGCGUGCCUUUCCUCGCCUGGCCCUACUUCGCCGAUCAGUUCGUGAACCAGGUGUACAUCUCCGACGUGUGGAAGGUCGGCCUCAAGGCCGCGGCCGACAAGUCAGGGGUCAUAACCUCCGAAGCACAGAUACGGCUGAUCUCUGUAUCGCCGUUCAGAACGCGGUCGAUACUCCGAUACGCAGGAUACGGCGGGGAUACGGGUAUAUGA